AUGGACAAUUUGGAAUGUUCCGACGAGACGGCUGUUGCGGCUCACCAGAGGUAAAUAUUUUAACCUAGUGGAGAUUUUUUUUUAAAGAAUACGUGAUUGAUGGUACAAUAUUUUGUCUUUUUCUGCUAACGGUAUCCCCCACGAUAACUAAAUCAAAUUUAAAACCAAACAACCGACGAAAUAUUUAUUUCCGUUUCCUAAUAUAACUACACACAGCAAUGAGCAGAACCCAAAUCAAAUAGACAAUGCGUGGAAAAACAUUUUCGACACUCUGGACAGGAAAAUAUUGGAGAGUGACGGUGUCGAUGCGACUGUGACGCACGAACAAGUGCAGGAAAAUAAUAACGACAAUAACACUGCAAUAGUAUCGUCACAUCCGGCGAUCGAAUUUGUACCGUCGCACAAUUAUCGUUUAGUCGAGGAUUCGGUCGGAGUUGAUCACACCGAGGACAGCGCGAUAACCGUGGAAUCGAUUAUGGAAAGAGAAAACCAUUUGUUCAAAGAACUGUCGACGGUCGAACACUCGGCGCUUAAUUAUUUUAAAAACUACUGGACAAACUUCGAUAAAAAGUCAAAAACUGCGGCAGCGUCGUCGACGGUGCUUUCAAAACCGACCGAGAGCGUCUCGGAAAUCAUUAAAAACGGUAAACGAUACGGAUUUUAAUAUUAAAAACGAACAAAUAACGACGAUAACCCUGUGUCCCCAUGAUAGUACGGAGUAAUCCAUUUAUGGCUAUACUUAACGGCUAUAUUUAGUGGUUGUACUCUAUUACAUUGGAAAUGCAUCGAUUUUUUCUUGGAACAAAUUUGUUUGAAAAUUUAAGAAACAAGUAGCUCUAAAAUGUUGCAUAAAUAUUUAUUUUUUUUGGUUUUUGUAUUUUUUGUGUGUGAAUCAAAUGUUCUGGAUUUUUAAAUGGCAACCAAUAUUGAAAACUCCAUAAAUUACACGGAGAAUUAGUGUGAAUACAUUUAAGUGUUGACAUUUUUUAUUUCCCUCAACCCGUUAACAAGACAAUUCCCUUUUAGUUUUGGAUAGAGGGAGAGUAAUGGAACACUAUUAAAACGUCACAGCCGCGUCUCUGCAAAUACGAUGUUCCACUGUUCUCUCCCUACCCAAACCUAAAAGUAGAGUGAUUUACCAAUUCGCCCAUUUUCAGUUGCUGACUCUCAAUUCGCCGACAGUCAGAUUCACCUCAUUCUAAUGAAAUUAAUCUUCAUGCAAAUUUACAUCACUAUAGUUACAUCAAACAAUAUGAGUUAUAUUUCGCAAAAACAAGCCACCACAGCGGCCAGUUGACUUUUCAGCAAGGUAUAUAUACCUAGCUGUAUAAUAACAUGAUGCCUACAUUGAUCGAUUUCAAUAAUUGUGUGACAGGUAUAGCGAUAUUAAAACUGGUUUGUUCGAUAGUAGGUAUAGUUCAACCGUAUGGUUGUAUAAAUUGUCAUGUCGAUAUUAUCACCGUUGUCCGCGAAUUGGGAUUAAUUUAAAAACCGUUAAAAACUGGUUUUACGAUCGAAAAACCCGGUGUCGGCGAAUCGGGAGUCGGCCAAUUGGGUACAAAUCAAAAGUAGAAUAUCUCGUCAUCGGGUUCGGAAAUCAAAAGUGGAGUUUCUAAUAUAGAUUGCCAUUUUCCCGCGAAAAUAAAUGCGAAAAAUAAUAAUAAUAUUAAUAUAACAGUUUAAAAAAAAAGCUGCUUGUUUCUUUAAUUGUGAAGAAAAAAAAUCAAUGCUUUUCGAAAUAUCCAGUGCAGCCGUUUAAAUGGAUACCAUCAACUCCGUCACGUCUUGUGAGGCGAAUGUUAUUUAAACGAUAUUGUAUCAUAUCGUACACGCAUAACGUAUUGUUUAGUCGAGGAUACGAUCGAAGCUGAUUUCAUCACCGCCGCGGACAGCACGAUAACCAAAUGCCCGUCCGUGGAAUUGAUUAUGGAAAGAAAAGACAAUUUGUUCAAAAAACUGUCGGAAAUCGAACACAAUAUGAUUAACUAUUUUAAAAACUUCCGAACCAAAGUUAAAGUACAUUCGGAACCUGCGGCAGCGACGACGGCGGUGGCGCUCACGGCAAAGACGGAGAGCGACCCGGAAAUCGACAUAGACAACGGUAAAUGAUACGUCUUUUGCAAACUAUUACAAAUAUAACAUGUACUGUGCUGAUCGGAGGCAUCCGGCUAGCCUUUUUCUCUCUCUCCAAACCCUGAUCCAAUAAAACUGAUUCGUCUUCCUUACUCGCGAAAAUUAAUUUCCGCGUUCAUCCGCACCGUACCCGUUCUUUAGUUGCCCCACGAUCCGCCUCCCUCGUUCAGCAAAAACCUUUACAUCGUUUUUGUUUCCAUUGUUCGUGAUCGUUUUGUUAUUUUUUUUUUUUCGUACUUUACACUGCACGUACUAUUGUACGUGUCUAACAGAGUAACAACUUGUAAAUGUACUUCGUCCGUCGUUUUGGAAAAUAAAUACACAACGAUUAAUCGGGUACACAAUAUUGUGCAAAUAUUAUGUUAUACAUUAUAAUUUAGGCAGUUAUGUCGACGUCAAUCCUGACAGAGCGCAGACAGUCGUGCAGGCGACAUUCGAGUCUACCGAAAAAAUCGCACCAGCGCUCGGGGGAGACUACGAAGGCGGCGACUGCUGCAACAGGAACCGUGGUAAUAAUUGGAUCGGAAAUAACGACGAAUCCACGGCCUUAUCGCCGUUAGGAAUGAACGGUGGCCGCGACCACGAUGACAACGGCGAUGAAAAAUAUUGCAACGAGGAACGUUAUUACACGGAAUCGUCGGUUGACAGCUCGGAGCAGUUCGAGAUGAGUAACGGUACUCCGAUAUCAUACGCGAUAAAACUGCAUAUUUAUUAUUGCAUCUAUAUAGUGGCUUUUUAUUAACAAUAAUUGAACCCGAAUGUUCAAGUAUUGUGACAGGCUAAACGUAUAAAGUCUCGGGCUUGCUGUGAUAUUACAGUACGGUUUGUAACGCGAGAUUGAAAAUAGCCCAAAUCAAAUUCGUCUGUGUCAUUAGGACGUACCGUAUAGGUUAAAUAUUAUAGUUCCGUAUAUUUUUUUCACCGUGUAUUUGAUUUAAACAAGUUCUCGAGAUACCUGACAGUUUGUCAAAACAGUUUUGAAAAUCUGGCAUCGACAAUGACGAUACACAUCGUUGUUUUAGUUUUAUUUAUUUUUUUUGUACUCCCGAGUUUUACCGUUUAGCCACAACGGAAAACCUUCGCCUUACACUACAACCUAAACAUUUUACCGAGCUUCGCUUAAAAUGAUCUUUUGAUUGUAAUAAUUAUUAAUUUAUCGUUGUUUUUAGUAUAGUACAAAUUAGAUUACUCUAUACUCUAUAAUUGGCAAACGUCCCAUCUACAACAAAGGCAGGCCUAUCCGAGGAGCAAAAUAUGUCCGAUAAAUAUAUACCUAACUACAGCAACAACAACAGUUCACAAUUAAUAUUAUAAUAUUUUAAGUAACAAAAAUUAAAUCCACGAAAUUUAACAACUCUCCUCGGUAUGAUCUAUGAUGGCCAGGAUAUCAUAUGGCUUGUUACCCAAGAGCUUGGUUUAGGCGCCAGAUACCGGACUAUAGUUUUUAUACUUGAGUAUUUGAAAAAAAUAAUAAUAUUAAUAAUAAUAACACAAAGAGAUAAUUAUAUUAAAUAAGAAUUAUAUGAAUUGAUGACUGUAAUAUUGUCACCAUAAUUCAUAGGGGAGAAGUAUCUGGAGAUAGAUCUUCAUCAUUAUUCGUUCAGUUCAACUGUUGAAAAACCGAAUAAAAGAGAUCACCAUCAAAAAAGCAAUUUCUAUUACUAUUUCGUUGACGACGACCAAUACGAGUCAAUGGAUGAAGAACAUCCGUGUAGCCAAAACCUUUGGAGACCGUUGGACAACUCGCGGGAGCAGUACGAGACUACUAACAAAACACGCAGAACCAGAAAACGUAGGUAUUCAAGAAUAUACCUACCUAGCUUUUAAUAAAUUAUGACAGCACAAAAUUGUUAGGUACUGUAACUUUUAAUAAAUACGAGUAGCUGCAGUUACACAAGCGUUACCUAAAGCUGAAUGAUGUGUGGAUUCUUGCUCCGCUACAAUAUCUAAACACUCAGCUAUACUGUGCUAUCGUAACCUAUUCUAUUCUAAGAUCGAAAUUUAGUGACUUAUAAGUGUGCCAUUGAUAAUGAUCACAGGUACGAGGUAUCAGCAGAAGGUAAAUCAUCGUAGCGACUACGUAGCGGACGAUAAUCACUGUAGUAACGAGUACACAAACAAUAAUGAAGACCGCGACCAUUGGCACCAUUCGCUUGACGACGGCGGCCGACAGUUGAUUGAUAAAAAACCGAAGAAAUUAAAAAAAUGCCGGAGGCUGACGAAAAACAUUAAUAAAUAG